AAGAACGCCCCCAAAAUCUGUUUCUAAUUUUACAGAAAUCUUUUGAAAUUUGGCACGGUAUUCAAAAGUAUGUAGGAAAAAAAAAAAAAAAAAAAAACCCUUGUCCUGGCUCCGGCUUUCAACUGCGAAGACAAUCUUUCUUCUUCUCAACGUUUUUCACAGAUCCAGUGACCCACGCUUGAAAGUCAGAAUUCGUUAACUUUCAAAAACAUCUGGAAAAAUGAAGACAUGGUUAAAAAUUGUAUUUGGAGUUGCCGCCUCUGCUGUACUUGCGUUAUUAGUGAUGUGCAUUGUUUUCCGACCUUCAAGAGUCCAUAAUGAUGAAGGAACUACGACAAGAGCACUCACACUGAAGGAUAUUUUAAAUGGCACAUUUUCAUAUAAAACAUUUUUUCCAAACUGGAUUUCAGGACAAGAGUAUCUUCAUCAAUCUACAGAUAAUAAUGUAGUAUUUUAUAAUAUUGAAACAGGAGAAUCAUAUACCAUUUUGAGUAAUAUCACCCUGAAAAGCGUGAAUGCUUCAAAUUAUGGCUUAUCACCUGAUCGACAAUUUGCAUAUCUUGAAAGUGAUUAUUCAAAGCUUUGGAGAUACUCUUACACUGCAACAUAUCACAUCUAUGAUCUUAGAAAUGGGGAGUUUGUAACAGGAUAUGAACUUCCUCGUCCAAUUCAGUAUUUAUGCUGGUCGCCUGUUGGGAGUAAAUUAGCAUAUGUCUAUCGAAACAACAUCUAUUUGAUACAAAGACCAGGAGACCCACCUUUUCAAAUCACAUAUACUGGAAGAGAAAAUAAAAUAUUUAAUGGAAUCCCAGACUGGGUUUAUGAAGAGGAAAUGCUUGCUACAAAAUAUGCACUCUGGUGGUCUCCUAAUGGAAAAUUUUUAGCAUAUGCAGAGUUUAAUGAUACAGACAUACCAGUUAUUGCCUAUUCCUAUUAUGGAGAUGAACAGUAUCCUAGAACGAUAAAUAUUCCAUAUCCAAAGGCUGGGGCAAAGAAUCCUGUUGUUCGGAUGUUUAUUAUUGACACCACUUACCCUGAACAUGUAGGUCCCACAGAAGUGCCAGUUCCAGCAGUGAUAGCCUCAAGUGAUUAUUAUUUCAGUUGGCUUACGUGGAUUACUGAUGAACGAAUAUGUUUGCAGUGGCUGAAGAGAGUCCAGAAUGUUUCAGUGUUGUCUAUAUGUGAUUUUAGGGAAAACUGGCAGAUAUGGGACUGUCCAAAGACCCAGGAGCACAUAGAAGAAAGCAGAACUGGAUGGGCUGGUGGAUUCUUUGUUUCAACACCAGUUUUCAGCUAUGAUGCCAUUUCAUACUACAAAAUAUUUAGUGACAAGGAUGGCUACAAACAUAUUCACUAUAUCAAAGAUACUGUGGAAAAUGCUAUUCAAAUUACAAGUGGCAAGUGGGAGGCCAUAUAUAUAUUCAGAGUAACACAGGAUUCACUGUUUUAUUCUAGCAAUGAAUUUGAAGGCUAUCCUGGAAGAAGAAAUAUCUACAGAAUUAGCAUUGGAAGCUAUCCUCCAAGCAAGAAGUGCAUUACUUGCCAUCUGAGGAAAGACAGGUGCCAAUACUACACAGCAAGUUUCAGCGACUACGCCAAGUACUAUGCACUUGUCUGCUAUGGCCCAGGGCUCCCCAUUUCAACCAUUCACGAUGGCCGCACUGAUCAAGAAAUUAAGAUACUGGAAGAAAAUAAGGAAUUGGAAAAUGCUUUAAAAAAUAUCCAGCUGCCAAAAGAAGAAAUUAAGAAACUUGAAGUCGAUGGAAUUACUUUAUGGUACAAGAUGAUUCUUCCCCCUCAAUUUGACAGAUCAAAGAAGUAUCCCCUGCUAAUUCAAGUGUAUGGUGGUCCCUGCAGUCAGAGUGUAAGAUCUGUAUUUGCUGUUAGUUGGAUAUCCUACCUUGCAAGUAAGGAAGGGAUGGUCAUUGCCUUGGUGGAUGGUCGAGGAACAGCUUUCCAAGGUGAUAAACUCCUGUAUGCAGUGUAUCGAAAGCUGGGCACUUAUGAAGUUGAGGACCAGAUUACAGCUGUCAGAAAAUUCAUAGAAAUGGGUUUCAUUGAUGAAAAGAGAAUAGCCAUAUGGGGCUGGUCCUAUGGCGGUUAUGUUUCAUCGCUGGCCCUUGCAUCCGGAACCGGUCUUUUCAGAUGUGGAAUAGCAGUGGCUCCAGUCUCCAGCUGGGAAUAUUAUGCCUCCAUCUACACAGAGAGAUUCAUGGGUCUCCCAACAAAGGAUGAUAAUCUUGAGCACUACAAAAAUUCAACUGUGAUGGCAAGAGCAGAAUAUUUCAGAAAUGUAGACUAUCUUCUCAUCCACGGAACAGCAGAUGAUAAUGUGCACUUUCAAAACUCAGCACAGAUUGCUAAAGCUCUGGUUAAUGCUCAAGUGGAUUUCCAGGCAAUGUGGUACUCUGACCAGAACCAUGGCAUUUCCGGCCUGUCCACAAACCACUUAUACACCCACAUGACCCAUUUCCUAAAGCAAUGCUUUUCUUUGUCAGACUAAAAAUGAUGCAGAUACAAACCUCUAUCACAAUCUUAAAACUUCAUGUAAAUGCCUCAGGCCGUUUGCUUGUUUUAUUCUUUGUGCUGUGGAAAUAUUGUAUAAACAAAUACAUAAAGGUUGUUCUACAGAUUGAUAAAAGAAAAUUAGGGGGACUCGGAAGUUAACCUAAAUAUUGUUUACAUUUCCUGGUACUCUGUGAAAGAGGAGCAAAGAGAGCCAUACAUUUUGCUAUGGGUACAGUGCUUUAUCACCUGUUUGUUUAAAGGAAAAAAUAAAGGCAGAAGUUAAAGUGCUA